AUGGAUGAGAAUUACGACGUAAUUGUCUUGGGAACAGGUCUUACUGAAUGUGUCCUUUCCGGAAUUUUGUCUGUCGAAGGUAAGAAAGUGCUCCAUAUCGACAGACAGGACUUCUACGGAGGUGAAUCUGCGUCUUUAAACUUACUGCAAUUGUACUCCAAGUUCAAGCCUUCUUCUCAAAAGCCAGAUAAUAUCGGUGGACGUGACCGUGACUGGUGUGUUGAUUUGAUUCCAAAGUUUUUGAUGGCCAAUGGUGAAUUGACAAACAUCCUUGUACAUACCGAAGUCACAAAGUACAUUGAGUUUAAGCUGAUUGGCGGCAGUUAUGUUUACCGUUCCGGAAGAAUCUCUAAAGUGCCAUCGAACGAAAUGGAGGCAUUGAGAAGCUCAUUGAUGGGAAUCUUUGAAAAGAGAAGAAUGAAGCGCUUCAUGGAGUUUGUCGCUGCGUACGAUGAAAAUGAUGCCUCUACUCAUAAGUCCAUGGAUUUGGAUAAGAACACCAUGGACGAAGUCUACACUUAUUUCGGAUUGGAAAAGGGCACUAAGGACUUUAUUGGCCACGCCAUGGCAUUAUGGGCCACCGAUGAUUACAUGCUGGAACCAGCCAGACCAACCAUUGAGAGAAUCAUUCUCUACGUGCAAUCUGUCGCAAGAUACGGCAAGUCCCCAUACAUUUACCCAUUAUAUGGUUUGGGCGAAUUACCCCAAGGUUUCGCUAGAUUGUCUGCCAUUUACGGUGGAACUUAUAUGUUGGGCACUCCUAUCGACGAAAUUUUGUACGACGAAAAUAAGAAAUUUGCAGGAGUGGUGACUAAAGAAGGUACGGCAAAGGCACCAAUUGUCAUUGCUGACCCAACCUACUUCCCCGAAAGAGUGAAGAAAACCGGCUCUAAGGUUAUUAGAGCCAUGUGUAUAUUGGAUCACCCUGUUCCUAACACUAAUGACUUGGACUCCGUGCAAAUCAUCAUUCCACAAUCUCAAGUUGGCCGCAAACACGACAUUUACAUUGCUGUUUUGUCCGAUGUCCACUGUGUGGUUCCAAAGGGCUACUAUCUCGCCAUCGUUUCGACCAUUGUCGAAACAGACACCCCUCACGUGGAGUUGGAACCUGCCUUUAAAUUGUUGGGCUCGAGGCUCGACACAUUGAUGGGCCUUGCAGACUUGUAUGAACCGGCUGAUGACGGUACAGAGAGCAACAUUUUCAUUUCUAAAAGCUACGACUCCUCGUCUCACUUUGAGAGCACAACUGAUGAUAUUAAGGACUUAUAUUUCAGAAUCACUGGAAAGCCUUUGGAGUUGAAGAAGCGCUCUACAGAUGAAGACUUGGAAGGUCUUUGA